AUGCCAUUUGAUAAUGAUUGGAAAGACCGAGAAUCAAGGUUCGACUUUGUAGUUAUCAGUAUUUUAGUAUCAGAAUUUGGAAUUGUCUUCUUAUUCUUAGCCGGGUGCAUUGUAAAACUUAAACAAACAGGUGGGUGAAAGAUGAGGAAAAUUAUGCUACUAAUUUAUCUCGGAAUGACAACAUGCCUAUUAACUCCCCUAUCCAUGAUUGAACAUAAAAAUUUUUGUUCAGGGUAAUUUUAAAAAAAUUAUAUAGUAAAAUUUUUUUCCAAAGCUUAAAAAACACUUUUUAAAAAAAUUGAACUAAAAUAAUUUAAUAUAUAUAUCAAAAAUAAAAAAUUCAUAUCGACAAAAUUUUUUUAUUCACUCGUGAAAAGUGGCUUUACCCAAAAUAAGGGUUUUUCUAAUGGUUUUGUUCUCACAUGGAGGGAUGAGGAUUAAGGAUUUUACUUAUGCUUGAUUUUUGGCUUUAUUACUCACAGAUGAUAUCAGAUAUAUUGCUCUUUUUAGCUCCAACUCCUUUAUUUAGCUGUGGCUGCGUUCUUGUUCUUAUGUGGUAAUUUUUAUAUAGAGUUGAACUUUUUCUUGUCAUGUCCUGCAACUACGAAAUCCCAUUCAAGCUUUUUGUCUACUCUAAAUGCAAAAUAAUGUUGAUUUUUGUGAACAUUUUAGCUUAUGGCUCAAUAAUAAUUUUUGCUAUUUUAGGCUACACAAUGUCUGGCUUUAAUUUUGGGACAUCAAUGAGGCUUCUUCACGCAAGUAUUUCUUUGUUUUUAUUAACCUCCACUCUGUGAGAGAACAAAAAAAUUUUGUUCGUUAACGGAGGGGGUUAAUUUUUUUUUUAAAAAUUUAUAUAUAAAUUUUAUAGUAAUUUUUUAUCUCGAAAUAUUAGAAAGUAAAUAUUAAUUUAAUUUGGAAAAUUUUAUUUCUUAAAAAGCAAGCUGUUUAAAAUUAAACACAAUUAGCUAGAGAUUCCAUAAUACUAUGUAUCACUUAUAUAUCAAAUAUAUUUUUUCAUAAAAAAUUUUUAUAUAAUAAAAUGUUUAUUGGAUCGUGGUGGAGGGUGGGUUUUAGGCAAAAAAUAGGGAUUUUUCAAAUGAUUUUGUUUACUCACAGAGGGGGAGUAAGUGGUUUUAUUAUAUCUGGGGUUAUUUUGGCAGGAAGGGUAAAGCAAAUGACACUGGAGCGGCCCUAUAAGCUAAUAAAAUGAAUCGGAGUUGCUGUGCUUGCUUGCAGUUUCAGAUGUGCUUCAUAUGGAGUUAUGGCAGUUGAUGGAAGCAUGUGGGGAUUGCUAAACACAACAUAUGGAUGAGGUAUAAGUGUCUUAAUCGACUUUAACCUUGUUGAGAUAUGUCCUAUACUUGUGUUCCUGAAAGCUUGAAGAAUAGCCGAGUACUAUUCUAGCGCCACAAGCAGUGAAAUUGAUAUGGACAACGAUCUAUCAUCCUUAAAACGGUUUGUAUCUGGUGAAUUCUCUGAUUUUUCCAAUACAAUUGAUGUUAAAGAAUAUAGAGGUUUCCUCUAUAUAGCGCUGAAAGCGCAGACAUUUUCCCAGAGCUUUCCAAGUUCGUCGGACCAAAUCGCUUUUUGGUCCGACCAAGGCAUUGAUUUGGUGCAACCAACCGAUAAAUUCCGAUCAGAAUUUAUCGGCCUUACAGCGCGCCAAACAUAGGAAACUUCUAUAUUAA